AUUUCUGCUUUAGGGAUAAUCAACGAUGAAAACUACGAGAUCCACUUCCCCGACAGUAUCCGUGGCUAUGUCUCAUUCUCAGACAUUCGACAGGCGAAAGGGGGAUUCACCAUCUGCUUUUGGUUAAAGACGUCAAAUGUUGGUUUUUUUAUCGAAUAUAGAACUGUGACAUCGGGAGAUCAAAAUGAAACGCUAGUAUUUGGGCUCUAUUGUGGUAACAACACCUUUGAUAUUCUAUUGAGAAACCGUAGAAGGUAUCGAAAAGUUUUUAUUUGUGUUUUAUUUUUUGCUUUGUUUUUGAUAAUGUGUUAUUAAGUCAUGACUUGUACGUGGGUUGCACAAAAAAUAUUAUUUAAUCUAAAGAUAAAAAUCUGAAAUAGCCAGGGCGGAAGCUUUUUCUGGGAUCCACAUAUAUGACCCCCACCAUUCGGGCGUGUAUGGGUUACUGGGCGUUUUUCACGAUCACGGCAUUCGCGGUUAACUUUCCAGAGUAUUUGCAGAGAAAUUUCGAACGGUUAUGUUACCCUUCGAAAUUUCAAAACAGGGAAACUUAUGAUUUUUAAAAAAUUUUAAUUCAACGAUGGCAGAGAUAUGAUUCGUUUUGGAAAAGAAAAAAGAUAACUUUUGAGCUUGGUUAUGAAGAAGAGAUAGAUGGAGCUUUAUCUUGUUAUGAGCGUUUCCUUCCAUUUUUUGUUCAAAGGUCGUUAAAAGAUGAAUAACAUAUUUCUGUAUACACUGUUUUCUUUCAAAAAGAUAUUUCUCCUUCAUUUAGAAGUCUUUUGUCCAUUAAUUUUCAUACACAGUCAAUAUUCAAUGGGUAUGACAGAUGAUUCUUGGCACUACGUGUGUGUGCUACUGGAUGGCAACAUCGGAUUACUAGCUGUAUUCAAAGAUGGUCACAGAAAUUUUAAGGAAGCUCGCAGGAGGGCACUCAAUUCUGAAUAUUGGAAUGCAGGUAAUGACUGCAUAAUUAUUCUCGAAUGUGGAAAACAAUUAAAGAACAAAAACCAAAGAUAAAACAAAAACAGAAAUAUUCCAAGUUGAUGUGGAAGGCGUUAGAUAUAAUGCAUACUCUGAUGCAUAUUACAAGUUCUUGAGCAGCAACCAAGUGGCAAAAGCUCGGAAGGUGGAGUGCGCUGGACUGUUGAUUGCAUUCCUGUGAGAGAAAAAAUGUUAAAUUAUAUUGAGCUACAUUUAAAAUAAAUUCAAAGCAAUUUGUAUCUCGGAUACCUGCAGGAACCAUGACAGUUGGCUUCAGGAAAACGAACAACAGUAAUUCAGCUGUUCUUGGCAAACUGAGUGGCCUCAAUAUAUGGAGCUACCCUGUCCCAAUAAAAGAGAUUCUGCGCAUGUCAUAUGGCUGUGGAACUGAAGCAGGAGACUCCAAAUCCUGGGAAACAGUCAGGGAUAAGAUAAUUGGAGAAGUUGAGAUUAAAGACUCCAGAACAUGCAAAGACAGAAAAGGUAAGUGUUCUGUAAUGAGCACAAAUUAUCUGAAAAGUUUAAUUUUACCUUGUAAAUGCUGUUAAUCCUGUUAAAUAAGUAAGGUAUGUCUAUUCGCUAUGAAAAUAGUAUGCGUUCUAACUUGUUUGUUUUCUCGUGUAGGAAGAAGAAAGAUUCUAAGAAAAGUAAAGACGGAAGUUUUAAAAGUAGACGCGUGUUGAGUCACAUAAACAAACUUUUAUUUUGAUAAUGCUGACAGUACGCCCCAAGCUUCCUUUUUCCUCAUUUGGGGACGCAUCAAGUAUCAACUAGCCGUUUGGCUCGUUGUUUUUUCGAACAUCAGUGGCUAGUUUAGUCAUAGGAUAUUUACGAACUAAUGAAUGUUUAUUACGUGCAGUACAUCGUGCAUAAAUGUCGAAAUACGGCGGGACAAUUUUUACGGAGUUUGCGUACAUCUAACACUAAGAAAAUUGAAGAAUGUGGUUACCCCUACUACGCGACUUUCGUUUAGAGGUUUUAAUUCUUUUGGCAUUCGUUCGGCAAGAUCUUAGCUCUUUGUCUGUGAACAAACUUAUGUUUACUGAUGAAUGAAUAUCAUAAAGUUCUUUUUGUUGAUAGAUCUUGAUAUCUUCUCAGCUGGCAGACUUGUGGCAGAAGGCAUUACGGUCCACGUCAAUCAAAGCGCUCUUUUUAUGAGUCCUCUUUACGAUGCAUCGCGUGGUGGCCAGAGUCGAUGUCUCAGGUUUCGUUUCAUGCUGCAAGGACCUGGGGAGAAAGCACUGACAGUUUACCGGAAGGCGAAAAAAUAUCGUGAAAUACCUAUUUGGAUCUCAAAAGGCAUCACCCGGGGGAACUGGGUUUAUGGCCAGGUUCAACUCAGCUCCAUUUCAGACUUUCAGGUAAAGAAUUUUGCUUCUUCGCCUUUUCUAAGAUUUUCUCAAACGAAGUAGACCUACUUGUUCUUUCCUUUCGUCUAUUGAACAAAACUAUCAGCUUUUUUAUGUUAGCACCGUAAGUUACAUUCAAAUAAACCGUCCAUAAAACUAUACGGACAUAUCGUUCACUUUUGGUAGAAAUUUUUCUGAGUUGCCACGCGAACCUUAAUCAAUCAUACUUUUCCCAUUCCCGCACCACCAACAUUACGAGCGCAUUAAUAAGGCCCUUCAGGCACCAGAAACUGCUAUGAGAUUGGUAAAUAAUUGCGGAAAUUGUUUCAUUACCGAGACAGGUGCUUAUAAAAGCGGAAAUGGGGAGGAGAGAAGACUUAAUAGCGUUGACAGGGCUGUACAUCGACGAGGGAAAAAAUUGCAGAGUGACGCCAUUGUCGGCGAAAAAAGGUGGAGUAUAACAAUGUGAAGACAUAGAAAGGGGAAGAGUUUUUCUAGGAAAGGGCGUCAUUGCCACUAACCUUUAAAACACUUGUACUUUCGAAGCAAUUGAAAUUGUCAUUGCACAACUCCGGGAUGAUGCUGCCGCUGUUAUUUGCGCUCAUGAGGCACUGUACAUGUACUUCGUGUCGAAUGAUAAAGACACCAGUCAGGUUGUAAAGGCAGACACUUCUUAACAUUUUAGCUUUCAUCUGUUGUUUCCCUUUCAGCUUGCAGCGAGAACUUAAUCAACGAAACAGGAUAUUUCUUCUCUCCUUCAUAUCCUGGAAAUCCUCCAGAUGAUACUUUUUGCAAAUGGCAUAUCACCGUCCAGAAAAACCACAUCAUUCGUUUGGAAUUCCAAGAGUUUUUACUCACGAACCACCCCACAUGCGAGAGAUGUUUCCUUCAAAUCUUUGAUGGACGUGAUUUAUCUGCGACCGCGAUAGGAAAAUUUUGCGGCGAUAUGCAUCCUCCAGUUGUCAUUUCUUCAUCAAGCCAUUUCACGAUUGUUUUCCGUUGUGUUGAGGGUUUGCGAAUGACAAGAUUCAAGGCCUUUUAUCAUUCUAUUAGAAGUAUGUUAUAUCUUUAUGAUUUUAAAUUUUGAAGAUAUAUGGACCUGUUUUUUAUGUAUAAACCUUAGUGAAAUUCAAUCAAAAGUUCUGGAAUUAAAAAGUAAAAAUCCAAUCGAUGACCAAAUCAAUGCAACUUGAGGUUGAAGUAGGCUUAAUUGGUCUUCGGGUCACUUUCCUAAACAUGAGGUGGAGAUAUUUUCGGUGAGACAUGAAACUUUGUCAAUUAGUUCGUGGUAGAGUAUUUGAUAUAGGGCAGUAUUCAAUCAUUCCUCCAACUAAGGUAAAAUGCCAACUGAAAUGCGUAGUGGAGUUUGACGAUAAUUGAUUUUUCUCCCACUUCUCUACAUUAGAAUUUAAGAGUGCUAAAUUGAGGAAAUUGUUUGUUUGUGAGAGACAUCAUCACAAUUUAAGAGUUUUCGAUUCCACUAUCGGAAAUUAAAGUUUUGAACCGUAAUAGGAAGAAUAAUAACAACGACUGCGACAAAGCCAUCAGGGCUAGUCGUAGCUAAUGCCUUAACUGAAAAUUGGUGGCUACAUCUACCUUUUCCAUUUUUCAGCUCAAUAUUGGGAAGGAUCGUCUUGUUCACUUCAUCGAGGUAAUUGAAUCUUCAUCGAUAAACUGACUGCUUGAAAUCAUUUUUUCCAAUUGCUUUCCAAAUGAUGAAGGGGUUGAAAGAUGAUGGUAGAUAGUAACUGAAUGUCGAAAAUCGUUUUAGAGUGCCCAUCAAGCUGCAAGUGUGAGGAGUUUGGUGAAGUAUACGAUAAGAGGAUUCUGAUUAUUGGAGAAAAGUUGCUGGCUAUACCGAGUAAUCUUCCUCCAAAUACUGGCGCAGUGUAUGUUUAACCAUUUCCCUGCUUAUCAUCAUUAUUACUACUCAUUAUGCUAACAAUCACCAAGUCUUUCUGCCUACAUACACAGAACAAAAUAAAGAGAUUUGGCAUGAUGUCUACGGCAACCGUCAAACGGCAAAAAGCAAUAUUGAACUCAUUCGCUCCUUUUUCCAGCCUUUUGCAUUCUGAGAUGGAAAUAUUUUAAUGAGGAAGAAUAGAUUUAUGUUCAUAAAAGGUUAUUAAACGAAAAAACGAUCCUGCUGCUGUGUGCAUAUCAGAGUUUGAGGAAUUGAAGCUGUAAACGUCUUGCAUUAACUCUCUACAUUGCUUACUUGCACCUAUUAAGCCGUUCAUUGAUGAUUUUGGUUAGGUAGAUUGUUCCGAGGGAUUUUUCUUCCUCUUUCGAUAUUAUUUAGUGGCCUGCUGAUAAGGUUUCCUUUUUUAGUUACUUUAGUUCAAGUUUAGGUGAUUCCUUAUAAAGGCCAUAUUUUUACCGCAGAGAUGAUGUGUCACUAAUAAUAUCAUAUCUACCAGGGUUUUUCGUCAAAAUCGGAUCUUGCAACUUCACGAGAAGGAAUUGUCAGACCUUACCAUACUCGAGCAUAUGUGAGUUGAACGCCAUAUUCUCUGUUUUUAUUAGUGGUAGUGCUAGGUUUUGCUUGAAAUGCGAAAACUUUAAAGAUGUCAAAUAAAUGUAUGUAUAUUUGACCAACCCUCUGAUUCUUCACGCUAUCUUAGGGUUAGCGAAGACAAAAAUAAUGUAUUUUACAGUGCACAAUACGUAUCUACGAAAUUUAUUCUGCAAGCAUGGAGAGCACAAUUAGAGUAGGACUCUCCAGGUUUCUGGCUGCAUUCGAUACCUUGAAAGAUCUUCGACAACAAGUUGAAUAAUACUCCUCGAAAAAACCAUACAUUUUAGAGAUAUCAAAUUAAUAAGUUACGUGUUCUCUUUGAAACAGUGACCUUAGCUUCAAUAAUCUGCUCCACUUAGAUGAAGAAUGUUUUCACAACGUAUCUUCUGUUACUACACUGUGAGUACUGGAUGGUGAUUAUAGAUUAAUAAGUAUGAAUAAAUCAUUCCAGAGAAUCGUCAACAGUAUAUUUGCUGGCGAACUUGUCAUCUUUUUCACCUCAAAUGUUCCUAGGGCCGAUAGGGACAUUCCUCCCCAUUUCUUCAUUCGAACCAUCAUCCUGGAAGCAUCUCAAACGACCAGAUCAGGCUGGCGUGGUUGCUUGUGUGACUAGGAGAAAUAGAUAGCCAGGGUAACGUAGUAAGCGUUUGGGAGAGGGCUGACGACGACAUCUUCUCAAUUCAUCCGUCUCGCAUUAUCGCUUAGAUUUGUUGAAAGGAACUGUUAGAAUCUUACUUGAAGGCUUUCUUGUGUUCUCUGCAGGAGACUGAAUUCUAACUUUCUUCGAAUUCUUCCUAUUGGAGUAUUCAGUGAGCUCCCUAAUUUAAAAGUUCUGUGAGUAUCUCCAGAUAUAAUCUCAUUAUUUCACAUUGCAUGACAUCAUGAAACGACGAUCGACAAGAUCUCCAUUGACCGAGCUCAAGAAAAUGUCUAUUUUAUUUCAGUGAUUUAGGAAGUAACCUUCUUAGCAGUAUGAGAAGUGGGGUGUUUGAUGCAUUGUCAAAUUUGAAUGUUUUGUAAGUACUCAUUUUCAGUAACAUUUGAAAGCUGACAAAGAUUAAGAACUUUCAAAGCAGUAUUUCGCCUUUGUUUUUAGGGGUUUACGCGCAAACCAACUGACGAAUUUGCAGUAUGGCGUUUUUGGCAACAAAAGUAACAUGACUCAUUUGUAAGUAAAAGGAUCCCUUUUCUUCUAAGCCAAUCGCCAAAGUCAUACCAUUGCUAUUCAAAACAAAUCGAAGGGUUAUGAUGAGGAGUUUAGUUACACGGUGAAGCCAUAUGUCUAACCUAAUACUUUAUUUAACAUAUUCGAAAUGUAAUGAUGGAUUUCUAAUUUUUAUAAGGUACCUCCAGGAAAACAAACUGACAGCAUUGCCAAAUGGCUUGUUCAAAGAUCUCUCCAAGCUGGAAGUCUUGUGAGUGCUGAAAUGAGCAAAUUAAUGUCUUCUCAAAUUACUUAAUCUGCUGUAAAGGGAAAAUUUGGUAACUUCUUGUUCAAACCAUGAUAGUUUUCGUAAUGGAAUUUUGAUUGUGCUCAUUGUUUAAAGUAGACUGACGUUGAGAUACACUUGAAAAGGGUUUUCGCUGAAAUAAAUUCGCCUAUAAAUCGUGUUGAGAUUUUGUUUAAUGUCUCUCAUUCGACAGAAAUCUAAGCAGCAAUGAGCUGAAAACAGUGACAAAGGAAACGCUUCAAGGGCUCAGUGCACUGAAAUAUUUGUAAGUAGUUGGAAUUUUCAGCCUUGAGGGUGUCUCUCUGUGGUGAUUUAUCUCCGCUGAAGUCGGGUGUAGGUGUAAUGUCCGUAGAAAAAAUGAGUUCAGUGCUAAAAGAGAAGUAAAUUACAAUGCUCGACCAAUUGGGUAUUGAACCAAAGGAAGUAUUAGCUACCGAAUGCUUUUACUUGAGUUCUCCAUUGUUCAUCAGCGUAAGUGUGGAAAAUUCAUUUUUCAAAUAGCUUAAGACCAUUCUUUGUGAAGUCAUUAAGUAUUACUCUUCUCCAUUUCAUCAAGCCUGUGUGCAGAUAUUCAACUUCAAAUAACAACUUUUGAACAGAUCAAUCAACUAUUCUUUUUGCUUGAUAAAAACAGGUACUUGGACAACAAUAGAUUAGCUAACGUACCUACAGAUGCAUUCAGCGAGCUGACUAGCCUUAAGUAUCUGUGAGUAUUUUACAAUUGAUAUCGUAAUAGCUACGUUUUUUAGUCUAUCUAAAAUGGAUACUUCAUGAUGAUAUCACUUGUCAGUCGACACAAUAUAUGUGUAUAUAUAUUAUCCCACGUAUCAUUUCUUAUUUGAUUGAUGACAUUUAAGUUCAGAUGUAAAAGUGUUUUGGUCUUGAAAAAAUCCCACAGGAAACUAGAUCAUUUCAUCCUUUGUUGUUACGCUGAGAAAUCUGUGGAAGGGGUUACUUGUGAUUCUCCUGCUGAUGAGUUCUCCAGCUGUGACGACCUGAUGAAGAACAAAACGCUUCAGAUCUGCAUUUGGAUUCUUGGAAUCCUCGCCUUCCUCGGCAACCUUCUUGUCAUAACAUGGCGAAUAAUUGAUAAAGAAGAGAACAGGGUUCAUUCAUUCUUGCUAACAAAUCUUGCUGUAGCCGACAUGUUUAUGGGUGUCUAUCUUCUGACAAUUGCAAUUGUGGACGCGAGAUGGCAGGGUGAAUAUUUUAAGCAUGAUACGAAAUGGAGGGCUGGUAUAGGCUGUCAAGUUAUUGGAGUCCUAUCCAUGCUCUCAAGCGAGGUAUCAGUGCUGAUUUUAACAGUCAUCACCAUCGACAGAUUUGUUUGCAUCAUCUUCCCUUUCAAGUUUAAGCGUCUUACGUACAAGUCUGCCGUAUUCACCUGUGCAGUCGCGUGGAUACUUGGCGUAGUCAUCUCCGUGAUACCAAUCAUCGGAAUAGACUAUUUUUACGAUAAAAGUGGUGAUUUCGGUUUUUACAGUCGCUCAGCUGUUUGCCUUCCUCUUCAGCUAUCGGAAGGAACCCCUGCCGGCUGGGAAUAUUCCGCCUCUUUUUUCAUCGGUUUAAAUUUCGUUUCGUUCACGUUUAUCUUGGUGGCGUAUAUCUUAAUGUUUUGGACGGUCAAGCGCUCUGCCCGCGCUGUUCGAUCAACGAGUAUAAACAAAGAAUCUGCAAUGGCUAAGAGACUUAUUUUUAUUGUGAUGACCGACUUCUGCUGCUGGAUGCCUAUAAUAAUUAUCAGCAUUUUGUCCCUGACAGGAAAUUUCUUCGAUCCGCACAAAAUUGCCCUUGUGUGGAUCGCAGUGUUUGUUCUUCCGCUCAACUCUUCCCUUAAUCCAAUCCUUUAUACAUUUUCUACCGAGAGAGCGAAGCGAAGCUUAGCCAGAAAGAGGAAAAAUGUUACUGGCAUGGUUAUGAAGUCUUUGAAUAGUCGCGCUGGAGGUGGGUCGAAAAAUGACAAGAUUCACUUUUUUAUAUUCAAUUUUUGUUACAUUUUCCAUGGACUUGGUAGGCGAUGAUUUCUUUGAAAAAAAUGCACUUUUCUUUUUGCAUCUUAAUAUUUUCCAAAUGUACAACUUUCAGUAGAGUAUACACUUUGAUAGUUAUAAUAAGUUGCAUAUUUAAAAAGACCUCUCAGAGAGCUGAGAGCCCAUUAUGAAGUUGUCAUGGUUCCUUAUCUGAACCUUGCCCAAGUUGGCUACUAAUUCUAUAAUCGUGUUAUCUUUUCCUUUCUAUUUCUAGAUCAAUCUAUGGACUACCUGAGAACAAAUGCUGAAAACACUUUAGUCUCCAUUGCUGAAUCCAGUCCCCGGCCGGUUAAGAAAAUUGUGGAAAAACAGGAACAGCAAAGUAAACAAGUGAAGACUAAGUUAAAGCUGAUCGAAGUAGUGGAUAUCUUUCAAGAAGAUACAACAGGAAAGCGUUCAACGGUAGGAACCCCUUAAAGAUAUAUAACUGAACUUUUCGAUAGAUACCUACUGAAGUAAGUUGAAGGUAGGUUUCAAACAUACAUGUAGCCUAGUCAUUAUCAACCAACCAUGAAUACAUCGAGCGAUAUUUCCGUAAGUGCUCCUAUAAAUGGUCCAAUUAUGCAACGCAAAACGAUAUUGCAAACGAGGAAAUUUUGUCCCCUUGCUGUCUUCUUGUGAUGUAGGGUUAUGUCACAGCUUGGUGCGAGGAAGAAGGAGUACUUGGUAUGGUAUUACUGAAGUACUUCGGAAAGGAAAUGAAGGAAGACUGGACUCGAGAGGUCGAUGUAGUUCAAGGUCUGUCUAGUAAUGAAGACUCGCAAGACAAUCUUCUUCAUUAUCGCUGGCACUCUAAAGGUAAGUGACCAUCUCUAUUAAAAAUGCAUCCGACAUUUCUGCACAUGUUUAAGAAAAUACACUCAUUUCAUAAACUUAGCAAAAAACACAAAAAACCAAAAUCCACAGCAAAAAAAGGAGCAGCUCCGAAAAACAAUAGAUUCUUGCUUGAAACAAUAGCACAAUUCCAUUCACGAAUGGAGUAAGCUUAGUUGACGAGGUUUUGAAUCGAAAUAAUCGAAAUGGAUCCAAUAAUUUUAAAUCCAGUGGCUAAGUCAUGUGUCUUAAUAGGUAGAUACACUCGAAAGGCGUGCUGAUAUAUUCUAAGUAGCAAGGGGUGGAAGGAAAGGUGGAAGGAAAGGUGAAAGGGAGUAGUUAAAUGCCGAUAAUGGCAUGUUUUUUUUUUAGUCUUUAAUCUUUUCGCGCACUACAGGCUUUUCCUGGAAAAAGCUGAUCACAUGUGGUUAAUUUUAGGGCUGAUUUUGAAGUUGGAACUGGUAGUUUGACAUAUUUAAGGCUUACGGUGCUCUUUUAUUUACUCCAAAAUGCGGAGAAACUAUAUCGAAAGAGAGGCAAGGGGCUAAUAUAGUAGAAGUAAAUACCUUGUUUUGUUUCGGGUAACAGUGGGCUGCUAAAUUUCUUUGUCAUUUUUUCAUUAUACUGCUGCUACUGCUCUUUAUUUUCAGCGUCUGAACAGAGUAUUGAACACGGCAAGAAGAAGAUUCAUGGCAUACAAGGAAGUAGUUGGUAAGUUAUCAUUGGCGUAACUCUGUAAUGGUCAUUUAAACUAUAGUUGUCUCGUUAAACUGAAUUAAGAACACGGAUAUGGCCGACGGAAACUUUAAAUUAUUUAAAUUUAGUCAAAUUUUCAUUUUGUAAUUUAAAGUUCACUGUGUUAUGUAUUACAUUUCCUUACUGUACGUGAGGAACGUUAUUGACAUUGUAAGUGCUGAUUUAUCACAUAAUUUUUACUUUACGUUCUCCUCUUAAUUUCCUUCUGAAUUUUGUUAAGGCUCAUUUGUUACGAUUUUGAGUCGAGCUCCACUUUGGGAGAAUUUCUUUCGGAGAAAGGAAUUGUUAUCGACUUGGACGCGGUAUGCGCUGUAGUUUGUGACGUCAUCACCGCCAUAGAACAUCUUCUGGAUCAUGGAAUAGCUCAUAACAACAUCACAACUGGCAACAUUUUGAUCAGGCAGUGUCCAAGAGUAAGCAAAUAACUGAUGUUUUAAAGUCUGAAAACUUUCGCAAAGCAUUGAUGGCCGCCAAAUUAUCUUAGUCUCGCCUAAAGUCUCUUACGAUAGAUCUAAUGAGGAAUAACAGAUUAAAUGUAGAAGAAAGUAAAAAUCGUGUCUCUUAAUGCGCGAGACCAUUUGCAAUGGGUUUCACUUGAGAAAAUUUUAAAAUCAUUUCUAUGCACCUCUUCCAUGCAUGUCGGGCCUCAUUUGAUAUUCAUCUAAAAUUGGUGGUCUUGGACUAGCUAGCUAGUGUAACGAGAUAACAACUUCACCCAAGAGCGUGACUAAGUAGGCUUUUAAGCAUGCAAAUAAAAGAUUGACGAUCAUUCCCGCCAUCAUGAAUGAGGUCCACGGAGCGAAUUUGACAGGAUCGACGCGUUUUACAGGUACCUCCGAUCAAAGCCGUUCUUGGUGGAUUUUCUCAAGCGUCUAAAGCAAAUGAUGCAGGUGCGUUUACAAACUCGGCAGCCGACGAACAGAGUUGCCAUAGCCACGACAUAAAACAGUUCGGACAUUUACUAGCCACAUUAUUAGGACACUGCCAUGGCUCCAGUGAAUACGUUAAGGUAAUUAUUAUGAAGUCAGUGUCAGUAAACGGUCAAGAUUAAGAACCGCAUGUAGAUAGUUUACCAUCUUUUACUUGGUUGCCGUAGCUUUAGUGGGCACAAUAGAAAGCUGACAUCUAUUUUUCAUAUAUUCAGUAAUACCUAAUUAACUACAGUGCAGCAAGAUUACGAAACCAAAUGACCCUGACAAGUGUUUAAGACCAUACCGGUGUAUUUCUCCGAAUUAUCAUGCCACGUAAAGGGCGAUGUUAUCGUAAGUUUCGCCAAAAGUCUCGUGGUAAAAGUUUAACUCUUCUCAUCGAUCUCUGCUUUAUAUAAAGCUGUUCGUAAGCAUACAGUUCUUUUAUGCAAUGCACAUGAAGCUGCCUGAUAAAAAACAUAACUUUCUUUCUUUUGUUUUGUUCAUGUUCUGUAGUUGCGUGAGAUUAUGAACCUGUGUUUCGAGGAUGCAGAGGAGAAGAGGCCUACAGCACGUUACAUCCGAGAAGUAUUGGAAGAAACCUGGCGCGCUGAGGGGGUUUGGGAUACAUGA